UUCUGUUUUAAGAACUGAAGUGACUUCUCAGCCAUUGAUUCACUGCCCAUGGGAGAGUUCUGACGAGACUUCAUAGCCUCGGUAGAAAUUUGCAUACAACUUCCACUUCCUGCUCAGAGCCUGUUCUACCGCUUACCUGGGCCUGGCGAGGGCGAAGCGAGGCCGACAGGGACCCAAGGUGGAGAGAGACAGACACUGAGCGCGACCACCUCUAGGUUCGGUCUGUCUGUCCGUGGUGGUCCUAAGAAACUAGAAUGAACCGAAGUAUUCCAGUGGAGGUCGAUGAAUCAGAACCAUACCCAACUCAGCUGCUGAAACCAAUCCCAGAAUAUUCCCUGGAAGAGGAAUCAGAACGACCUGCUCCAGAUAGAAGGAACAUGGCACUCAAUACAUUGUCUGCACCAAAAACCCUUCACUUUUCCUCAGGAGGCCUUUCUCAAGCUCACCCAGCUCUGCAACUUGCCAACCACCACCGACCUGUGUCCCAGCAGGUCACCUGCCUGCGCACUACAGUCCUGGAGGAGAGUGAGGACAGCUUCUGCGGGAGACACCCAGCCCUGGGCAGAGAUUUUCCCUCAGGUUCCUCUGCAGCCAGCAAUCCUGAGUCUGAGUCUGUGGCUGAAUCCCUGCCCUCGGAGCAUCAGUUUUCAUUUAUGGAAAAACACAAUCAAUGGCUGAGAUCUCAGCUUUCAGAAGCUUCUCCUGACACUGGCCAUGACUCAGAAAAGUCAGACCAAAGUUUACCUACUGCCUCAGCAGAUUCCUCGAGCAGUAGCCAAGAAACGGUGCAACAGCCGCAGCCCCCUAGGGGUCGAGCAGCCCCUGAUCUGCCAACAAUAGACACGGGGUAUGAUUCCCAGCCCCAGGACAUCCUGGGCCUCAGGCAGCUGGAAAGGCCCCUGCCCCUCACCUCUGCAUGUUAUCUCCAGGACCUCCCCAGGCCUCUCAGGUCCAGGGAGUUCCUUCCAUCUGAACCGCAGAGGUACCCAGCCUGUGCACAGAUGCUGCCUCCCAACCCCUCCCCACACGCUCCAUGGAAUUAUCAUCACCAUUACCCCAGAGAUCCCGAUCACCGGGUGCCACUUGGCCAUGACUACCCUCAAGCAGCCUACCGGCAAGUGAUCCCACCAGCCCUAGCUGGAGCCAGUGUGAGAGGCCUGCACCCUGUGGAGAAGGUCUUCGUGAAUUAUCCCAGUCCCUGGAACCAAGAAGAGAGGCUUGUACAAAGAGACUGUUCUUUUCCUGGGCUCCCGAGGUAUCAGGAUCCAUUGCAUCAUCAGCCACCAAAUAGAGCUGGAGCUCCCGAGGAGUCUUUGGAGUGUCCUGCAGAGUUGAAACCACAUGGCCCUCAGGCCCCUGCCAUACCUAGACCCCCUAGUAACCCACUGGCCAGAGGAACUCUGAAAACGAGCAAUUUGCCAGAAGAAUUGCGGAAAGUUUUCAUCACUUAUUCUAUGGACACAGCCAUGGAGGUCGUGAAGUUCGUGAACUUUCUGUUAGUAAAUGGCUUCCAAACUGCCAUUGACAUUUUUGAGGACAGAAUCCGAGGCAUCGAUAUCAUUAAAUGGAUGGAGCGCUACCUUAGGGAUAAGACAGUGAUGAUAAUCGUAGCAAUCAGCCCCAAAUACAAACAGGAUGUGGAAGGCGCUGAGUCGCAGCUGGACGAGGACGAGCACGGCUUACAUACUAAGUACAUUCAUCGCAUGAUGCAGAUUGAAUUCAUAAAACAAGGAAGCAUGAAUUUCAGAUUCAUCCCUGUGCUCUUCCCAAAUGCUAAGAAGGAGCAUGUGCCCACCUGGCUUCAGAACACUCACGUCUACAGCUGGCCCAAGAAUAAGAAAAACAUCCUGCUGCGGCUGCUCAGAGAGGAGGAAUAUGUGGCUCCUCCCCGGGGGCCUCUGCCCACCCUUCAGGUGGUACCCUUGUGACCGGGGCCAUGCCAUGUGGGGGGCCCUGUUCUGACACACAUUCUUCUGGUGGAGGCUGGACAGGGUAUGGCUGUCUCUCAGCCCCUCCCUGAGAGGCACUCUGGCCCCAGAAAACCUAUUCUGCCCUGUCCUCUUCCUCCUGAGGCCUUUGUAGACCCUGUGUCUGACUGCCAUGCAUCCUCUGCUUUUUAAAAACCCAGUGCAGGUGCCACUGUCCACCUGGCAGUCUGAUGUGUCCAUUCUGGGCCUCUCAAUGCCUACUGAGUAGAUAACGUAAGUGGUGUUUGCAACAAAUGUAAACAGCCACUAACACUCUCCUAUCGAUUCAGGCUACUUUUAUGAGUUAGCCAGAUGCUCAUGUAUUCUCAGAGCAAACCGAUUCAUGUACAAAUAAUAAAAUGUUUACUCUUUUCUAA